AUGUCCCGUUUUACACAAGUCACCGAUUCUGAAUGUGUUGAUUAUUUUUUACCAGAGCCCGAGUUCGCAGCUGGCACUGCAAUCCGACAGGAAGAUAGUGAUAAAAUUCCUAAAAUAUUCAAACCUUUGAAUUUGAAAAAAUUGAGCUUACAUAAUCGAAUUGGGGUCUCUCCAAUGUGUAUGUAUUCCGCAGGCCCUAAUAAUGAGCCAACACCAUUUCACUUAAUCCAUUAUGGCUCUAUAUCUAUGAGGGGCCCGGGGUUAACAAUCGUUGAAACUGCUUCUGUAUCUCCAGAAGGCAGAUUAUCCCCUCAGGAUUUAGGAAUAUGGACUGAUGAUCAAGCUAAAAAAUUAAAAGAUAUUGUUGAAUUUGCUCACGCUCAAAAGCAAUUAAUGGCUAUUCAAAUCGGUCACGCUGGAAGAAAAGCUAGUGGUCUCGCCAUGUAUCUUCAUUUGGAACAAAUAGCUGAUAAAUCCAUAGGUGGUUGGCCUGAAGACGUUGUUGCCCCCAGUGCAAUUCAAUUCAGACCUAAUGGUAAUUAUAUGGUACCUAAAGAAUUAACAAAAACGGAGAUAAAGAGAAUUAUAAAAGACUUCGGUUUGGCUGCUAAAAGGGCUGUUAAUAUUUCUGGAUUUGAUGCGAUUGAAAUUCAUGGUGCUCAUGGGUAUCUUAUAAGCUCAUUUUUAAGUUCGGUCUCCAACAAAAGAAAUGACGAAUAUGGUGGAUCAUUUGAAAAUAGAAUUAGAUUUUUGAUAGAAAUUAUUGAUGAAAUCAAAUCCCAAAUCUCUGCAGAUUUUCCAUUAUUGCUUAGAUUCAAUGCCAGUGAAAAUGCAGAAGAUGAUCCUUUAUCGUGGAAGAUAAACGAUUCUAUUAAGCUUGCUAAAAUUGUCGUCAGCAAAGGAGUUGACAUGCUUGAUAUUUCUUCAGGUGGCAACAACUAUAAGCAAAAAUCUAGAGGUAAGAUUGCUUUCCAUGCUACAUUUGCUAAAGAAAUAAAGAAAGCUGUCGGAGAUACUGCUUUAGUUGCUUGUGUUGGUGGUUUAUCUCAUGAUCUCAAACUGACAUCUGAUAUGGUAGAGAAUGGUGAUUUUGAUUUUGCUUUGAUUGGCAGAGAGUUUUUGAAGAAUCCUGGCCUUAUUCAGUCUUUUGCUGAUUCUUUAAACGUGAGAGUUAGUUUUCCUCUUCAAUACGAAUGGGGUUUUUACCCAAACAAAAGCCUGAUUAUUGAAUUGAUGGAAAAAUCUAAAUGCGUAACUGAAUAA